ACGUAUGCAUAAAUGCUAAGUAUUUUGUUAAGUUUGUCUCUGUACAUUGAAAUACGACACUCCUGGAAAAAUUAUAGUCGACCAUUUAGCGGUGAGUGCUAGAUUGGAUCAGUUGAAGGGCGCAUUACAUCGUCGUGUAGUUCUGUUGCCUAACAACCAAUUAUAUCGGCGCGUCCGUCCGGAUGAUCCAACCCCACAAACACCGUGUCGGUGUGGCUCACACAUGCAAGCUAGCUUUUAGCAGAGUUGUAGCAACAACUGUCCAGUCCUUCCGAUUCAUGUCCCCCCCAUUGUUUUUCCACCACCUAUAUAUCACUGUUCAUAAAUUCCAGGACCAUGAAAGUGAAUAAAUCCGCACAGGUAAAAGGCAAAUCUCAUAAAUGGAAGGAUGUAAAGGGAAGACGGUGCAGACCUCCCAUUAAGCCAUCUGAUCUCAACUCCAGUCCUGUCAUUGUCAGUAUCGUAAAGGAGCACCAGGUGUCUGUAAAGAAAAAACCCUCUGUCAAAAGGCUAAAAAGCAAAGCAAAGACUGUUUCUGAGGAUAAGGUGGUCUUUCCUGAGACCGAAUGUAAUAAACCAAACUCUCAGGCCAAUGGAAGUUCCGCGUUUACAUCAGAAGAUGGGACCGAGGAUUGGAAGGAGUGGAAGGCGUAUUCCGAUUCAUUUCAUGGAAAUGGACAUGUGGAGACCUCGGGUUAUACGCAGGAUGUCCAGUCAGGUAGACUGGAAGGAGAGACUCUCCAUCACUGUGCACAGAGAGAUGAUAAACAAAACCGGGCAGUACUGGUCAUGCAAAAAGAUCAGACACUGUGUUUCCGAGGGAAGUGCUUUUUGACCUGCUUAUAUGGACGUGUAGAAGUGAUGGGAUUUACCAUUGAAGAGGGUCAGAAGUCAUACCCACUCUUCUCGCCAGCCUCACAUUGCCCACUCACCGUUACCGCGCUGGAAACCUCCGACUACAGCCGGGACGACAGGGCAGAAGCUGCACACAUCCUUCAAAAGUAUCUUUCAUCAGCAUCACGGAAGAAGUUGCUAAAGCAGAUAACUUCGGUGUCGUCCGUCAUCCUACUUGAACCAAUGGAGACAUCUCUGACACGCUUUAUGUCUAGCUUUGCAGAUCGGAGUGAACUCUUUAGUCCCCCUGUGAGUGAACUCAUGUCAGCUGUUCUUGACACUCCACUGAACGGUUUGGGCAUGAUUCCGCUGGCCAGCACCAUUGAGGGUCUAAAAACCUCCAGGAGCUACAGGGAUGCCCUCAACACAGUAGUCAACGCAUGCAAAGGAGACAUCGAGGGCUCUGCUGUUAUCCUCGUGUGCGGGAUUAAGAACGUGGGCAAGUCGACAUUUAUCCGCUUCCUCAUCAACACUUUACUGAAUCAUACUGCUAGUGUGGACUAUUUGGAAGGGGACCUUGGUCAAACAGAAUUCACCCCUGCUGGCUGUCCUCCGUUCACGCACCAGCGCACACCCGAGCACAUGGUCUUCUACGGUCAGUCAUCGUGCGAGUCGGACUUGGACCGUUACCUGGAGUCUCUGAAAUCCCUGUGGCGUCGCCGGCCCCAGAGCAGAGAGACGCCCGUCAUCAUCAACACCAUGGGCUGGGUCAAAGGAUUCGGACUCCAGCUGCUGGUGGACAUGAUCCGCUCCCUCCCCGUGUCGCACGUGGUCCAGCUCAGCCACGGCAGCGCCAACCAGUGUCCGGCGCUCACGCCCGAGUUCCUGCGGACGGCGCAGGGCUGCCAGACGCACCCGCCCGCCCAGACGGCCCUGGACGAGUUCACCGAGAGCCACUGCCCCCCGAGAAGCUACUCCCACCUCACCGUGCAGGCAGACUUUCAGGGUGUGGGCCGGCAAGGAACAGCGAAGCACCAGCGCUCAAACGAACAGCGAGAGCUGUCGCUGCUGGCCUACCUGAGUCAGCUUCAGUCUCCCGAUCCGGGACCGGUCAGGCAUCUGAACAGUCUCACCCCAUACCAGGUGCCUCAUGGUGCCGUAGCGUUGGGCGUGAUCCACUGCGAGGUCGUGCCCGCUCACAUGUUCUACGCGGCCAACGGCAGCCUGGUGGGGCUCUGCUGCCUGGCAGAGAAAGUGACCAGCAAAGGAGGCCCCGUCCUGCUGUCACAGGCCCCCAUCUGCCCCUGCGUGGGCUUCGGUGUUCUUCGGGGUAUUGAUAUGGCCCGGGGUCUGUACUUCCUGCUGACCCCUGUUGAUCCCUCCAUCCUACGAAAGGUCAACUGCCUCCUUUUGGGGGCCAUUUCGUUGCCGUCGUGCAUUCUCACAACGCAGGCUGGGUUUGAAGGGGAGGCGCCCUACGUGACGACAGACUACAGCUUUGAUCUGACCGGCGCAGGAAAGCUGAGAGUCUUCAAAGGACUGAUGAGACCAGGUCAAAUCGGAACGCAGUGACAUUUCCGCUUUUUUUUUUUUAGUUGAAUUCUUUCGCCUUGUCGUACACCAAACCGGUCGGCAGAAAACUGUGAACGCGCACAAGGAAAAUGAGUCGGACUCUCCAUCCGGGAAUUCGCUUUUCGACAGGCCUUUGGCGCUCUCACGUCCUCGAACCCGCUCCCGUAAAAACAUUUGGCGGCGCACAGGAGGCGUUUAAAGUUUCUGUACGUACACACGGACAACGAUAGAAUACGUAAUGUUGUGUUUGAAGCUCUUGUUUGAUGUCUCCUCUUUGCUGGUUACAUUCAAUGAGUAAAAACCUGCCAGAUAUUAAACCGAAAAAA